CAAGAUGGCGUCGAGCGGAGGAGAUGGGGAACACGAAUGGACAGCGGCAGUGCGGCCGCUUUUAUCAGCUUCGUACACCGCUUUUGAAACGAAGGAGUUACCUCAGCUUAUCGGGUCUAUCAUUAACAGUGAAUCAGACAUCCUUCACCAUGACAAACAGUAUGAGCCAUUCUACUCAUCAUUCGUGGCACUCUCUGCACACUACAUCACCACAGUAUGCGGUCAAAUACCGAGAAAUCAGCUGCUGUCGGUUGCUGCAGCGUGCAAAGUAUUGAUUGAAUUCUCUUUGCUGCGCUUGGAGAACCCAGAUGAGGCAUGUGCGGUAUCACAAAAACACCUGAUUCUUCUAAUAAAAGGACUUUGCACCGGCUGCAGCAGACUGGAUCGCACAGAAAUCAUUACUUUUACUGCUAUGAUGAAAUCUGCCAAGUUGCCUCAAACCGUCAAGACCCUUUCAGAUGUGGAAGAUCAGAAGGAGUUGCCCAGUGCUGUGAACCCAGAGCUUCGUCAAAAAGAAGUGCAAAUGAACUUCUUCAAUCAACUGACUUCAGUUUUUAACCCGGACCUUACCACCAUCUUGGCCUCCCCGUCAGCAGCACACAUGCAGGCUGAGAGUGAUUGCGAUGACCAAACCACAGAACAAGCUAUUCAGGCCAAAAUGAAAAAUGCCUUUGUCUCUCAGAAUGUGUCUAGCUUACAGGAACUUGGUGGGUCUGAGAAGUUGCUACGCGUGUGCCUCAACCUGCCCUACUUUCUGCGUUACAUCAACCGUUUCCAGGAUGCUGUAUCAGCUAACUCUUUCUUUAUCAUGCCUGCCACGGUGGCUGAUGCCACUGCUGUCCGCAAUGGAUUCCAUUCGCUGGUAAUUGACGUAACCAUGGCUUUGGACACACUCUCCCUGCCUGUACUGGAGCCCUUGACACCGGGGAGAUUACUGGAUAUGACCGUGCUGGCUUUGAGCUGUCUCUAUGCUGGUGUGAGUGUUGCCACCUGCAUGGCCAUUCUGCAGGUCGGCAGCGGCCUGCAGCUGCGCUCAGCCUCCACUGGGACUAAAGAGGAAGACUAUGAAAACGACGCAGCCACAAUUGUCCAGAAAUGUCUGGAGAUCUACGAAAUGAUUGGACAAGCCAUCAGCAACUCUCGCAGAGCUGGAGGAGAGCAUUAUCAGAACUUCCAGCUGCUUGGAGCCUGGUGCCUUCUAAACAGCCUGUACCUGAUUCUUAACCUGAGCCCGACGGCCCUGGCAGAUAAAGGGAAAGAGAAGGAUCCCCUGGCCGCCCUGCGGGUCCGUGAUAUUGCCGCUCGCACCAAGGACGGCGCAGGAUCGCCUAAACUUGGGCCUGGCAAAGGACACCAAGGCUUUGGUGUUUUGUCUGUUAUCCUAGCAAACCACGCCAUCAAACUUCUGACUUCACUUUUCCAGGAUCUCCAAGUUGAAGCUCUGCACCGACAGGGCUGGGCGAGUGACGGACCGCCAGCAGAACUCAACAUCAUGGCACAGAGUACUUCCAUCCAGAGGGUCCAGAGGCUCAUCGACUCCGUGCCCCUCACCAAUCUGCUCUUCACCCUUCUCUCCACUUCGUACAAAAAGGCUUGUGUUCUCCAACGUCAGAGGAAGGGCUCGGUCAGCAGCGAUGCCAGCGCUUCUACAGAUUCUAACACCUACUACGAGGAUGAUUUCAGCAGUACAGAGGAAGACAGCAGUCAAGAUGAUGACAGUGAACCGAUCUUGGGGCUUUGGUUUGAAGAGACAAUUUCCCCUACCAAAGACAAAGUUGCUCCCCCGCCCCCUCCACCACCCCCACCUCUGGAAACCUCUCCCAGACUGAAGAGCCCCAGUAAGCAGAAUCCAAGCGAGAAUGGCAACAUUUUAGCUGGACGAAAAGACCCAGAACUGUUCCUCAGUUUAGCCUCCAGUAUUCUGAACUUCAUCACCACCUCAAUGCUCAAGUCCAGAAACAACUUUAUCCGCAACUACCUGAGCGUGUCUCUCACAGAGCAGCACAUGGCUACACUUGCCAGCAUCAUCAAGGACGUGGACAAAGAUGUCAAAGGCUCUUCAGACGAAGCGUUUUCUUUAGCGCUGUAUCACUUCAACCACACCCUGGUCACAUCAGAUCUUCCAUCCCCGGCCCUGCAGAGCACCCUCCUUCAGCAGUUAGGUGUUGCACCCUUUUCAGAGGGGCCCUGGCCGCUCUACAUUCACCCUCAAUCACUGUCGGUGCUCUCUAGACUCCUCCUCAUAUGGCAGCACAAAGCAAGUGUGCAAGGAGAGCCAGAUGUACCGGAGUGCAUGAAAGUCUGGGAAAGAUUUUUGGGAACUUUGAAGCAGCAUACUAUCCAGAGCUCUGUGCAAGGAGAAGACGACCUGAACGUGGAGCACCUCCAGCUCCUGCUGCUCCUUUUCCACAAUCUGUCGGAGCGCGGCCGGCGGUCAGUCCUGACCCUCGUCACCCAGGCCAUCGCUGAAGUGGCACAGAGCAAAGACUCCCAGCUGAAGGCCGUGCCCCUCAACCUGGCCCGGCUCUGCCUGGUUUUCGACUACCUGCUGCGCCACUACUCCCAAGCGCCCGUGUACCUCUUUGAACAGGUGCAGUAUAACCUCCUGACCCCACCCUCCACCGGGCCGGGCUCUGUUCAGGACGGUGGCAAACGCAGCGGCCUGCCCCUUUACUACGGAUUCAAAGAGGUGGAGGAGAACUGGGCCAAGCACUGUUCAGGAGAUCCAAAUGUUCAGCCGAAGUUCUACUGCGUUCUGUCCCCUGAGGCGUCUGAAGAUGACAUCAGCAGACUGGACAGCAAGGUCUUUCCAAAGCUGUUCAAUGGAGCGGUUAAAUAUGAUGAGCUUUAUGCGUGGCUCAUCUCUCUCCUGGUUGCCGGCUCUCAGUUUGACACAGCGAGACGACAGGAGAGCAAGCCAAUCACUCCCAUGGAGGCAUGCUCCCUUCAGUACUACUUCCUCAUACUGUGGAGGAUCCUGGGAGUUUUACCACCGUCCAAGGCAUACAUGGAGCAGCUGAAGACGGGCUGCAGUGAUCCCAGUGAGAGCGACAUCCUGCACACACUGCGAUGGUCCUCACGUCUCCGGGUGCCCACAUACGUGAACUGGAUCAAGGAACAUCUGGUGAAGCAGGGGAUGAAAGCAGACCAAGCAGCUGCUCUGGUCGACACUACGGCUGCUAAGUGCAGCACUGUGAAAUACGAUGUGGAUCUAGCAGAGGAGUACAUCGCCAGACAGAUUUCCACCUUCUCAAGUGUAGACCCGAACGCAAUCCUUCCACUUGAUCAGUUACCCUCUCUACAAGCCAUCUACACGCUGGAUGCAGUCAUCUCUAAGGUGCAGGUGUCCUUGGACGAGCAUAUGUCAAAGGUUGCCAUUGAAGCCGACGCCCACAAGUCAUCUGAGAUCACAAAGAACCUACUGCCUGCAACGCUGCAGCUCACUGAUGUCUACACAGCCUUCACAAGGUCUUACCUGCUGAUGAACAUCCCAGAGGAAGGGGAGAACAAGCUCACUGAUGCCAAGCUCAGAGGUUAUGCUGCAGUUCUGUCUAUUGGCUCUACCCGCUGCAAGGCCAACCUGUUAGGUAACAGCAUUAUGCAGAACUUGCCAUCAGCUGUUCAGACACUCUGUGAGACUUGGAACGGCAUCAACACCAAUGAAUUCCCAAACAUUGGCUCAUGGCGAAAUGCAUUUGCCAAUGAUACCAUCCCAUCAGAAAGCUACAUCAGUGCCAUCCAAGCCGCUCACCUGGGCACACUCAGUUGUCAGUCCUUGCCUCUGGCCUCGUCUCUCAAACACAUACUGCUCUCUUUGGUCCGCCUGACUGGCGACCUCAUUGUCACAGAGGAGUUGAAUCCCUCCCAGGUGGUGCGCACCCUGCUGCCCCUCCUGCUGGAGAGCAGCACGGAGAGCGUGGCUGAGAUCAGCAGCACCUCACUGGAGCGCAUCCUCGGCCCGGCAGAGUCAGACGCCUUCCUCGCCCGAAUCUACGAGCGCUUGGUGACUGGCUGUUACAACAUCAUCGCCCAUCACUCAGACCCCAGCAGUGGUUUGGAUGAGUCUGUCCUUGAGGAAUGCCUUCAGUACCUUGAAAAGCAGCUUGAAAGCACUCAAGUCCGCAAGGCCAUGGAAGAGUUCUUUUCAUUCAGUGGGGAGCUUGUCCAGAUUAUGAUGGCGACCGCCAACGAGAGUCUGUCAGCAAAGUUCUGCAACAGGGUGCUGAAAUUCUUCACCAAGCUUUUCCAGCUCACGGAGAAGAGCCCAAACCCCAGCCUGUUGACUCUGUGUGGCUCUCUGGCCCAGCUGGCCUGCGUGGAGCCCCCUCGGCUGCAUUCCUGGCUGACGCGCAUGACUGCGACGCCACCAAAGGACUCGGAGCAGAUGGAGAUAGUGCAGGAGAACAGACAGCUCCUGCAGGUGCUCACCACUCAUAUUGUGCGUGACAACAGCCAGGUGGGCGAAGGAGUGUGCACUGUCCUCCUCAGCACUCUCAUUCCCAUGGCAACAGACAUGCUUGCUAAUGGUGAUGGGACAGGCUUCCCUGAGCUCAUGGUCAUCAUGGCAACCCUCGCCAGCGCGGGACAGGGGGCCGGUCACCUGCAGCUGCACAGGGCAGCCAUCGACUGGCUGACCAGAUGCAAAAAGUAUUUAACCCAGAAGAAUGUCGUGGAAAAAGUAAGCACGAACUUAUCCCAAGGAAAGCACGCCAGCAUGCUGGAAUGCUCAUGCCACAUCAUCUCCUACCUGGCUGAUGUAAUGAAUGCCUUGAGGCAAAGCAGUGGCCAAGGCACCUCAGCGAUGCUGAUGGAGGGAGAAGAGAAGGCUAUGGAAGUGGACUCAGACUGGGUGGAGGAACUUGCAGUAGAAGAGGAUGAUUCCCAGGCAGAGGACUCUGAUGAAGACUCCCUGUGCAACAAACUGUGCACCUUCACCAUUACUCAGAAGGAGUUCAUGAACCAGCACUGGUACCACUGUCACACCUGUAAGAUGGUGGAUGGGGUAGGUGUGUGCACAGUGUGCGCCAAGGUCUGUCACAAAGACCAUGAGAUCUCCUAUGCCAAAUAUGGCUCUUUCUUCUGUGACUGCGGUGCCAAAGAGGAUGGCAGCUGCCAGGUGAGACCGAAUACAUCAGGUCAUCAUGGGAAGAGAACAACAGCGGCACUGGUGAAGCGCAGCCCCAGCAGCGGCAUGGGCUCCACCCUCAAAGAGUCUUCUGCAUUCCAGAGUGACCUGCGAAUGCCUGACAGUGCGAUCCGCCAUCAGAACGCCUCACCCUCCGACAAAGGCAAGGUCACAAUCUGUGACGGCAAACCCGGUGAUGAAGACAGACCUAAGAAGAGCAGCGUGUGCAAGAGCAUUGAGGGCUGCCAGGAAGAGCUGGUGACACAAGUGAUGGGAUCUUCUACCGCGGCAGUCAUACUGGAGAUGCUCAUGUUCCUCAUGGAAGCCAUCCAGACAAACUUCCAGCAGGCGUCAGCCGUGGGAAGCAGCAGCCGGGCUCAGCAGGCACUCAAUGAACUGCACACUCAGGACAAAGCUGUGGAGAUGACCGACCAGUUAAUGGUGCCCACGCUCGGCUCUCAGGAAGGGGCUUUUGAGAAUGUGAGGAUGAACUACAGUGGUGACCAGGGACAAACUAUCCGUCAGCUCAUCAGUGCACACGUCCUGCGUCGUGUGGCUAUGUGUGUCCUGUCUUCCCCCCACGGCCGCCGCCAGCACCUUGCAGUCAGCCAUGAAAAGGGCAAGAUAACGGUUCUGCAGCUGUCCACCCUCCUGAAACAGGCCGACUCAAGCAAGAGGAAGCUCACUCUGACCCGUCUGGCCUCUGCCCCAGUCCCGUUCACUGUCCUCAGUCUCACCGGAAACCCUUGUAAUGAGGAUUACCUGGCUGUGUGCGGCCUCAAGGACUGCCAUGUGCUAACGUUCAGCAGCACAGGCUCUGUGUCAGACCAUCUGGUGCUGCACCCCCAACUGGCGACUGGCAACUUCAUCAUCAAAGCCAUUUGGUUACCGGGCUCACAGACAGAACUCGCCAUCAUCACCGCAGACUUUGUCAAGAUUUAUGACCUAUCAGUGGAUGCCCUGAGUCCCAUGUACUACUUCCUGCUCCCGAGCUCCAAGAUCCGCGAUGCUACCUUCCUGUUCAAUGAAGAGGGGAAGAACAUCAUCGUCAUCAUGUCUUCAGCCGGUUACAUGUACACCCAGCUCAUGGACGAAUCCAGCAGCGCCCAGCAUGGCCCUUUCUAUGUCACCAAUGUGUUGGAGAUAAACCACGAAGACUUGAAGGAUAGCAACGGGCAAGUAGCUGGCGGUGGCGUGUCGGUCUAUUACUCCCACGUGCUUCAGAUGCUUUUCUUCAGCUAUAGCCAGGGAAAGUCCUUCGCUGCCACAGUGAGCCGCAGCACCACCGAAGUGCAGAGGCUCUUCCCCAUCAACGUCAAAGGCUCUAAUGGCGGCAGCAGUAAGAUCUCGCCUGCUCUGUGCCAGUGGUCUGAAGUCAUGAACCACCCAGGCCUGGUGUGCUGCGUGCAGCAGACUACAGGCAUACCGCUGGUCAUCAUGGUCAAGCCAGACACCUUUCUCAUCCAAGAGAUUAAAACUCUGCCAGCCAAAGCUAAGAUUCAAGAUAUGGUUGCUAUCCGCCACACUGCCAGUAAUGAGCAACAGCGUACAACCAUGAUUCUUCUCUGUGAAGACGGAAGCCUGCGGAUCUACAUGGCCAAUGUGGACAACACCUCCUACUGGCUCCAGCCCUCACUGCAGCCCAGCUGUGGCAUCAGCAUCAUGAAGCCGGUCCGCAAACGCAAAGCUGCUGCUACUACCACCCGGACCUCCAGUCAGGUGACCUUCCCUGUGGACUUCUUUGAACACAACCAGCAGCUGACAGAGGUGGAGUUUGGUGGCAAUGACUUGCUGCAGGUCUACAACGGACAGCAGAUCAAACACAGGCUCAACUCCACUGGGAUGUAUGUGGCCAACACAAAGCCUGGGGGGUUCUCUGUGGAAGCGGUCAACAACAACAGUUCGAUGGUGAUGACGGGCAUGCGGGUGCAGGUGGGCACUCAAGCCAUUGAGAGGGCUCCUUCCUAUGUGGAGGUCUUCGGCCGCACCAUGCAGAUCAACCUGACGAGAGCCCGCUGGUUUGAUUUCCCCUUCACCAGAGAGGAGGCCCUGCAGGCGGACAAGAAGCUGUCCAUCUUCAUUGGAGCAUCAGUUGACCCAGCCGGAGUCACAAUGCUCGAUUCGAUCAAGAUCUACGGAAAAACCAAGGAGCAGUUCGGCUGGCCGGAGGAUGCACCAGAGGAUUUCUCCUCCGCCUCGGUUAACAACGUCUGCAGUCCCAACCUUAACCAGGGCAAUGGCACUGUUGACGGAGACAUCGCCACCCCGACCACCACCAGCGGCACAGUGCUGGAGAGUUGUGAAACUGAGUCCUUAUCAACCUUGGACCGGUUGGUGGUCAACUCCCUUGAGGCUUUAGAAAGCUGCUUUGCUGUAGGCUCCUCCAGUGAAAAGGAGAAGAAUAAGGUAGCAGCACUCGAGUUGGCCACUCUACUCCUGUCCAUGCCAACCCCUGCCGGUGUGCAGCAGCAAACUAAGGGACUUCUUGCCAGCCUGCACACCAGUAGAACUGCCUACCACAACCACAAGGAUCAGUCCUUGCUGAGUAACGCUGUGCAGUGUCUGAACAGCUGCAGCCGGGAGGGCAGGGAGCUCGACCCUGAUGUCUUUCAGAGGCUCGUGAUCACCGCCCGCUCCAUCGCCAUCAUGAGACCCAACAACUUGGUGCAUUUCACAGAAACAAAGUUAUUACAGCAUGAGACUGAAAUGACAGAAGAUGGGCAUAAACUCAUGGAUGGUGAAAGCGGUAAUUUCAUCACACAGCUGAUAAAUAACUUCUGGAAGCUCCAUGCCCUAAAGCCAAAGAACGCCUUUCUUGCUCCUGCCUGCCUGCCUGGCCUGACUCAUGUGGAAGCAACAGUAAAUGCCUUGGUGGACAUCAUCCAUGCAUACUGCACAUGUGAACUGGACUACAUAAACGUGGCAUCGAAAAUCUACAUGCAAAUGCUUCUGUGCCCAGACACAUCUGUGAGCUUUGCAUGUAAGCAGGCUCUGAUCAGAGUGCUUCGACCAAGAAACAAACGGCGACAUGUGACCCUUCCCUCGCCCCCACGCUCCAACACACCGAUGGGAGACAAGGAUGAUGAUGACGACGACGAUGCGGAUGACAAAAUGCAGUCAUCAGUGCUGACUGGAGGAGAUGAGGGCAGACGGGAGAGUCAGGAGCAGAGCGAGGUGGAUCAUGGCGACUUUGAGAUGGUGGUGAGCAAAGACCUCACUGAAUUUUGUGAGCCGCAGGUCGAGCAAGUCCCUAACACACUUUGUAUUUUUCUUCCUCUUCAGUCAGAGUCCAUGGUCCUGGAGACAUCAGAUAAUCUCAACAAUGGAAAUCCAUCUCCUCUGGAGGCUCUGCUGGCUGGAGCCGAAGGUUUCCCGCCCAUGCUGGACAUCCCUCCUGAUGCAGACGAUGAAACUAUGGUAGAGCUGGCCAUCGCUCUCAGCCUUCAGCAGGACCAGCAAGGCAGUAGCAGUAGCGCCCUUGGCCUUCAGAGCCUUGGCUUGUCUGGCCAGGCCCCAAGCUCCUCUUCACUGGAUGCUGGCACCCUUUCAGACACCACCGCAUCAGCCCCGGCGUCUGACGAUGAGGGGAGCACGGCUGCCACUGACGGAUCCACGCUGCGGACCUCCCCGGCAGAGCAUGGCGGCAGCGUGGGCUCAGAGAGCGGAGGCUCUGCCAUCGACUCUGUGGCGGGGGAGCACAGUGUGUCAGGACGCAGUAGUGCAUACGGGGACACAACAGUAGAGGGCCACCCUGCAGGUCCAGGCAGUGUGAGCUCCAGCACCGGAGCCAUCAGCACCACCACAGCCCAGCAGGAGGGCGAAGGCUCUGAGGGAGAAGGAGAGACAGAGGGAGACAUCCACACAAGCAACAGGCUUCACAUGGUUCGUCUUAUGCUACUGGAGCGCUUGCUUCAGCACCUUUCUCAGCUCCACAACGUAGGGGGAGUCCAAGCCAUCCCUUACAUGCAGGUUAUCCUCAUGUUGACCUCUGACCUGGAUGGUGAGGAUGAAAAGGAUAAGGGCGCCUUGGAUGACCUUCUAGCACAGCUCAUUGCUGAGCUCUGCAUGAACAAGAAGGACGUUUCCAAGAAGAAUGAGCGCAGUGCCAUCAACGAAGUUCACCUGGUCAUCAUGAGGCUGCUCAGCGUCUUCAUGUCUCGAACCAAGUCUGGCUCCAAAUCCUCAUCUGAGUCAUCCUCGCUUAUUUCCAACGCCACAGCGACUGCCCUGCUCAGCCUUGGUUCCAUUGAUUACUGUCUCCAUGUGCUCAAAUCGCUCCUGGAGUUCUGGAAGAGCCAACAGGGUGAAGAAGAGCCAGCGACGACCAGCCAGCUACUCCGCCCACACACAGCCGCCUCUCCUCCCGACAUGAGCCCUUUCUUCCUGCGCCAAUACGUCAAGGGACAUGCAGCUGAUGUGUUUGAAGCGUACUCCCAGCUAUUGACUGAAAUGGUGCUCCGGCUGCCGUAUCAGAUCAAGAAGAUUGCUGACACCAACCCACGCAUCCCGCCUCCUGUCUUUGACCAUUCCUGGUUCUACUAUCUGUCGGAAUAUCUAAUGAUUCAACAGACACCAUUCGUCAGGAGGCAAGUCAGAAAGCUGCUUCUGUUUAUCUGCGGCUCAAAGGAAAAGUAUCGUCAGCUGCGGGAUCUGCACACUCUUGACUCCCAUGUGCGCAGCAUCAAGAAGCUCCUGGAGGAGCAGGGCAUCUUCCUCCGCGCUGGCGUGGUCACAGCCACAUCUGGCUCCGCUCUGCAGUACGACACACUCAUCAAUCUGAUGGAACAUCUGAAAGCUUGUGCUGAAAUUGCCACUCAGAGGACGAUCAACUGGCAGAAGUUCUGCAUGAAGGAUGACUCUGUGUUGUACUUCCUGCUCCAAGUCAGCUUCCUAGUGGACGAGGGAGUUUCCCCUGUCCUUUUGCAACUGCUCUCCUGCGCACUGUGUGGCAGUAAGGUGCUGGCCAGCUCCUCCUCCUCAUCUUCAUCAUUCUCAGGAGGAGGCUCUGGUAGUGCUGGACAGGCAGGAGCGUCUCAGUCCUCUCAGAGCAAGUCCUCCAGUAAAAAGAGCAAAAAGGAGGACAAGGAGAAAGACAAAGAGGGUGAAGGAGUUGGCAGCCAGGAGGAUCAGCUGUGCAUGGCUCUGGUCAGUCAGCUUAACAAAUUUGCAGACAAGGAGACACUGAUCCAGUUCCUGCGCUGCUUCCUGCUGGAGUCAAACUCAUCUGCUGUGCGCUGGCAAGCACACUGCUUGGCUCUUCAUAUCUACAGGAACUCCAGUAAAUCUCAGCAGGAGCUGCUGCUCGAACUGACCUGGGCCAUCUGGCCUGAGCUGCCUGCAUAUGGCCGCAAAGCUGCUCAGUUUGUUGACUUGCUUGGCUACUUCUCACUAAAAACCCCACAGACCGAAAAAAAGCUGAAAGAGUAUUCCCAAAAGGCUGUGGAAAUCCUGAGGGCACAGAACCAUAUACUGACGAAUCACCCUAACUCCAACAUUUACACCACUCUGUCUGGUUUAGUGGAGUUUGACGGAUUCUUUCUGGAGAGCGACCCCUGCUUGGUGUGCAACAAUCCAGAAGUUCCCUUCUCGAAUAUAAAACUGUCAUCAAUCAAAGUGGACACCCGCUACACCACCACACAGCAGGUUGUCAAGCUCAUUGGCAGCCACACCAUCAGCAAAGUCACCGUGAAGAUCGGUGACCUGAAACGCACCAAAAUGGUCCGCACCAUCAACCUCUACUACAACAACAGAACUGUCCAGGCUAUCGUGGAGCUAAAAAACAAGCCGGCUCGUUGGCACAAAGCCAAGAAAGUUCAGCUGACCCCGGGACAGACGGAGGUGAAGAUCGACCUUCCUCUACCCAUCGUCGCAUCUAACCUGAUGAUCGAGUUCUCUGAUUUUUACGAGAACUACCAGGCAUCCACCGAGACCCUGCAGUGUCCCCGCUGCAGUGCCUCUGUGCCGGCCAACCCUGGGGUGUGUGGCAACUGCGGAGAGAAUGUGUAUCAGUGCCACAAGUGCAGGUCGAUCAACUACGAUGAAAAAGACCCCUUCCUGUGCAACGCCUGUGGCUUCUGCAAAUACGCCAGAUUUGACUUCAUGCUAUAUGCUAGACCAUGCUGUGCUGUGGAUCCAAUUGAGAAUGAGGAAGACAGGAAAAAGGCUGUGACCAACAUCAACACCCUGCUGGACAAAGCUGACCGGGUCUACCACCAGCUGAUGGGCCACCGGCCCCAGCUAGAGAGCCUCCUGUCUAAAGUCAACGAGGCGGCACCAGAAAAACCACAGGACGACUCUGGAGCAGGUGCAGGACUUGGUACGUCCUCUGCUAAUGUGAACAGAUACAUUCAGCAGCUGGCGCAAGAGUACAGCGGAGACUGCAAGACGUCAUUUGAUGAACUCUCCAAGAUUAUACAGAAAGUGCUUGCAUCUCGUAAAGAGCUCCUGGAGUAUGAUCUGCAGCAGAGAGAAGCGGCCACCAAGUCAUCCCGCAGCAGCAGCACCCACCAGCCCACCAUCACCGCCAGUCAGUACCGGGCCCUCUCGGUGCUGGGCUGCGGCCACACCUCCUCAAACAAGUGCUAUGGCUGUGCCUCAGCUGUCACGGGUCACUGUAUCACACUGCUUAGGGCUCUGGCCACCAACCCAGCCCUCCGGCAGAUCCUGGUCCUCCAGGGUCUCAUCCGUGAACUGUUUGAGUAUAACCUGCGGCGAGGUACAGCUGCCAUGAGGGAGGAGGUGCGGCAGUUGGUCUGUCUCCUCACCAGAGAUCAUCCAGAGGCCACCCAACAGAUGAAUGACCUCAUUAUCGCCAAAGUGUCCGCUGCUCUCAAAGGCCACUGGGCCAAUCCUGACCUGGUUAGUAAUCUGCAGUAUGAAAUGCUGCUGCUCACAGACUCUAUUUCUAAAGAGGGAGGAUGCUGGGAGCUACGGUUACGUUGUGCCCUCAGUCUGUUCUUGAUGUCGGUGAACAUAAAGACGCCUGUAGUCGUGGAGAACAUCACUCUCAUGUGCCUGAGAAUCCUGCAAAAGCUAAUCAAGCCCCCGGCUCCCACUAGCAAGAAGAACAAGGAUGCUGCUAUCGAGUCUCUAACCACGGUCAGGCCCUACAGCAAUGAAAUCCAUGCCCAGGCCCAACUCUGGCUCAAGAAGGACCCCAAAGCAUCUUAUGAAGCCUGGAAAAAGUGUCUCCCAGCAAGAUGCCAGGAAAGUGUGUCGAAGCCUCAGGGGAAGACUGAGCUGCGCAGGCAGUACCUGUUGGAGAAGUAUGUUUGGAAAUGGAAGCAGUUCAUGAGGUCCAAAAAAGGCGAAGGCCUCUUCCCUCGCCUGCUCAAACUCAGCCACAACAACUGGCUGCGACAGGUUCUUUUCACUCCUGCCACUCAGGCAGCCAGACAGGCAGCCUGCACUAUUGUGGAGGCCCUAACCACCAUCCCCAGCCGCAAGCAGCAAGUGCUGGACCUUCUCACCAGUUACCUGGACGAGUUGAGUGUAGCUGGAGAGUGUGCGGUGGAGUACCUGGGUCUGUACCAGAAGCUGAUCAAGCCGACACAUUGGAAAGUUUACCUGGCAGCCCGAGGGGUCCUGCCGUACAUCGGUAACCUCAUCACCAAGGAAAUCGCCAACCUGCUGGCUCUGGAGGAGGCCACACUGAGCACAGACUUGCAGCAAGGCUACGCCCUCAAGAGCUUGACUGGGUUGCUCUCUUCUUUCGUGGAAGUGGAGUCCAUCAAGAGGCAUUUCAAGAGCAGGUUGGUCGGCACGGUGUUGAACGGCUACCUGUGUCUGAGGAAACUGGUGGUGCAGCGCACUAAGCUCAUCGACGAGACUCAGGACAUGCUGCUGGAGAUGCUGGAAGACAUGACAACAGGUACUGAGUCUGAAACCAAGGCCUUCAUGGCAGUGUGCAUAGAGACUGCAAAGCGGUACAACCUGGAUGACUACAGGACACCUGUCUUCAUUUUUGAGCGACUGUGCAGCAUCAUCUAUCCUGAGGAGAAUGAGGUGACAGAGUUCUUUGUGACCCUGGAAAAAGAUCCUCAGCAGGAGGACUUCCUGCAGGGCCGCAUGCCAGGAAACCCCUACAGCAGCAACGAGCCCGGCAUCGGCCCCCUGAUGAGGGACAUCAAGAACAAAAUCUGCCAGGACUGCGACCUGGUGGCGCUUCUUGAAGACGACAGUGGCAUGGAGCUUCUGGUAAACAACAAAAUCAUUAGCCUGGAUCUGUCAGUGGCAGAAGUGUACAAGAAGGUCUGGUGCCCUACAAAUGAGGGUGAGCCAAUGAGAAUCAUCUAUCGAAUGAGAGGGCUGCUGGGAGACGCCACUGAGGAGUUCAUAGAGUCACUGGACUCAACCACAGAUGAAGAGGAGGAUGAUGAAGAGGUGUACAAGAUGGCAGGAGUGAUGGCACAGUGUGGAGGACUGGAGUGUAUGCUCAACCGGCUGUCUGGAAUCAAAGAUUUUAAACAAGGACGACAUCUGCUCACUGUUCUGCUGAAGUUGUUCAGUUACUGUGUGAAGGUGAAGAUCAACAGGCAGCAGCUGGUCAAACCAGAGAUGAACACACUCAACGUCAUGCUGGGAACUCUCAACCUGGCUUUAGUGGCAGAACAGGAGAGUAAGGACAGCGGUGGAGCCUCCAUAGCAGAGCAAGUUCUGAGCAUCAUGGAAAUCAUUCUGGACGAAGCCAACGCUGAGAUUUCAGAGGACAAGGGCAACCUCCUGCUGACGGGAGACAAAGAUCAGCUGGUCAUGUUGUUGGAUCAGAUCAACACCCUGUUCGUGCGCUCCAACCCCAGCGUGCUGCAGGGGCUGCUGCGCAUCAUCCCAUACCUGUCCUUCGGGGAACUGGAGAAGAUGAGGAUCCUGGUGGAGCGCUUCAAACCGUGUUGCAGCUUUGACAAGUACGACGAGGAGCACAGUGCAGAUGACAAGGUGUUUUUGGACUGCUUCUGUAAAAUCGCUGCUGGGAUCAAAAAUAACAGCAACGGCCAUCAGCUGAAAGAUCUUAUCCUCCAGAAAGGAAUCACACAGAGUGCACUGGACUACAUGAAGAAACAUAUCCCCAAUGCCAAAAAUCUGGAUGCAGAUGUCUGGAAGAAGUUCCUCUCCAGACCAGCUCUACCUUUCAUUCUCAGAUUGCUCCGAGGUUUGGCUACCCAGCAUCCCCCCACACAGGUGCUGAUAGGCACAGAUUCAAUAACCAACUUGCACAAGCUGGAGCAGGUUUCCAGUGACGAAGGCAUUGGCACUUUGGCAGAAAACCUUCUGGAGGCACUGAGGGAGCACAGUGAUGUCAACCUGAAGAUUGACGCAGCCCGCAGGGAGACCCGAUCUGAAAAGAAGCGAAUGGCUAUGGCCAUGAGACAGAAGGCCCUGGGAACCCUGGGAAUGACGACCAAUGAGAAGGGUCAGGUGGUGACUAAGACCUCCCUGCUGAAGCAGAUGGAGGAGCUGAUCGAGGAGCCGGGCUUGACCUGCUGCAUCUGCAGAGAGGGUUACAAGUUCCAGCCAACCAAAGUCCUGGGCAUUUACACUUUCACAAAGCGUGUGGCCUUGGAGGACUUUGAAAACAAGCCUCGGAAGCAGCAGGGCUACAGCACUGUGUCGCACUUUAACAUAGUCCACUAUGACUGCCAUCUGGCAGCGGUCAGGCUGGCUCGUGGGCGAGAGGAGUGGGAGAGUGCUGCUCUCCAGAACGCCAACACCAAGUGCAAUGGGCUGCUUCCUGUGUGGGGGCCACAUGUGCCAGAGUCAGCAUUCGCUACAUGCUUAGCAAGACACAACACAUAUCUGCAGGAGUGCACGGGCCAGCGGGAGCCAACCUACCAACUCAACAUCCACGACACCAAAUUGCUGUUCCUCCGCUUUGCUACCGAACAAUCGUUCAGCGUGGACACGGGAGGAGGAGGACGAGAGAGCAACAUCCACCUCAUCCCCUACAUCAUCCACACUGUGCUCUACGUCCUCAACACUACAAGGGCUACAUCCCGGGAGGACAAGAACCUGCAGAGUUUCCAGGAGCAGCCGUGUGAGAAAUGGGUGGAGAGCUCAUACGAGGUUGAAGGUCCGCACUAUUACACCAUCCUGGCCAUGCACAUCAUGCCGCCUGAACGCUGGAGGAUUUCACGUCUGUACUUCCUACGGAGGCUCCUGGUCAACGCACAUGCCCGCAAGGUCUCGGCAGUCUGCACCAACAAACUCACAGAUAAAGCACCAAAGGAAUAUGCAGUGUACCGCUCGCCUCUCCUGUUCUGGGGCCUGGUGGAUCUUGUCUACGACAUGUUCAGGAAAGUCCCCACCAGUAACACAGAGGGGGGCUGGUCCUUCUCACUGGCAGAAUAUGUCCGUCACAACGACAUGCCCAUCUACGAGGCCUCAGAGCGUGUGCUCAGGGCCUUCCAGGAUGAACUCAUGCCCGCCGAGUCCUUGUCAGAGUUCUGUGAUGUCGUAGGUCUUCUCGCUGAAAUCCCAGACCCGGACCUCUUCCUGCAGGAUUUGUUGAACUCUUUGCCCUGAAGGCCAACCUCAACCCACACCCCUCCAAAACAACCCUGCAAAUAAAGUUGGAACACCUACCAACUGAAAAAAAAAGAAAAGAUUUUCUCUUUUUACACACUGACACAAAUGCUGAGGACACACACAGAGUACACACCAUGCCUCUUACUCAUUUUCCCUCCCCCAUAAGGCAUCUUCAAAUUAACUGUAAGCAGAAACUAUGUGUAGUCUAAAAAAAAUCAUCCACUUGGAAACAUCUCUGUAACGUUUAACACAAAACACAAUGCUGUUAAAGGGAAGGGGGAACACACUUGAACAGAAUUGACGUGUUCCCCUCUGAUUCAGACUCGUUUGGUUGAAAAUGUAUUAAAAGAUUGGAACAAGAGAUGGGGACGCUUCUCCAUUAACGUUAAUGCAAAUCACUUGUGAAUUCUGUUUUAGGGUGGACAUUAUUUUGGCUUUAAAACCCCUCUCCCUCUCCCCUAAUGUUUGGGUGCAUUGUUAAGGUAACUAAAGACUUUGGAAUUGGACCCACCACGUGUUAAGAGUGGCAUUUGAUUUUAUCUUGUUUUACUUUUUCUUUGUUUGGUUGAAGUUUGGUUUUGGUCAGGCUUUUUAAAAUGGCAAACGGUUUCAGUGUCUCAUGGUUGCUAAGCUAACCUGUCCUUUUCUUCGGGGCUCUUGCUGUUUGUUCUUCAUGUAGGUUCAAACUGGAAUUUGAGUGAUGGACAGAAAAAAAGUUGGUCUGUCUGUGUGUGUGUGUGUGUGUGUGUGUGUAAGGUUUCUUUUAUCAACCUCCGAAGCAAGAAGAAAAAACGACGAGUAAAAGUGUUUUUUUUGUUUUUUUUCCAUAAAGCUAUGCCUUUGUGACAAAGUGAAUUUUGGACUUGUGAAAGAUUCCAUCUGUUGCAAUGAUCUAUGACACCUGUCUAAAUGAAUAAUAAAACAGACCUACAUUAUAUCCUUAAA